CAUGACUUGCAGUCAUCGAAGGCGUAGAGUCUUUGAUUUACCCUGAACCAUGUACACCUUCUCCUUUCUCUGCGCUUUGGGCCUGGUGGCUGCCCUCGGGGUGCCGAGCACUUUGGCCUCUGAGGUAAUCACCGUCCGGACGACUUCCACUGAGCAGAAUGAAAUUGUGAACAAACACAACACCCUGAGGAGGUCCGUCAGUCCCACUGCCACCGACAUGAAGAAAAUGAGCUGGAACAGCGAGGCUGCAGCCAACGCCCAGAGAUGGGCCAACACCUGCUCCAUGAAGCACAGCUCGUCAAGCGACAGAGUGAUCAGCAGCAGCGGCUGUGGAGAGAAUCUGUACAUGUCCAGCGCCAAGAACUCCUGGAGCAGUGCCAUCCAGAAGUGGUACGAUGAGGUGAAGAACUGGCGCUACGGCCAGGGAUCCAUCAAUGGAGGGGUGGUCGGACACUUCACACAGGUUGUUUGGUACAACUCUAACAAGAUCGGCUGUGCCAUGGCCUACUGCCCCAACUCUACCUACAAAUACUUCUACGUUUGCCAAUACUGCCCUCCUGGAAACUACCAGUUUACUCGUCCCUACACUUCAGGAACCUCCUGUGCUUCCUGUACCGGUUCCUGCGAUAACAAACUGUGCAAAUAAGCUCUGAAAAAACACCGACCAGUGCAGCAACUGCCCCGAUCUGAAGCCGCAGUUUACCUGCAGCCACAAGGACGUGGCUUCCUGCUGUCCGUGCACGGACCGGAUUAUCUGAGCAAUGCACGUUCCCAUGGGCUCUGACUCUCGUAUUGGUCUUAAAGCAACUCAGCAAUGAAAACCUGUGUUCGUGUUGUCUUUUU